UCUCACUUGGAAGUUGCUGUAAAGUCUAAAACCAGAACAAGUCAACGUUUUCAAAACUACUAAACCUUGACGAAUUGUUGCUUAUUAACUGCCAUCAGUGGGCGCUGUUAAUUCAGGAAUUCGUUUUAUUAGCCGGCUGUUGUAAGAAACCAGGAAGAGAUCGUUAAUCCGUUGGACGAAUUGUCCAGGUGUUUAAUAUUUUGUUUAUGAUAUGGCUGUUGUCGCUCUGGUUCUUUUUCCUGCCACUUGGAUUAUGUUCGGCAACGUAGUGUCAUGGCUUAUAGUUUAUUCGGCAAAGCCAGUUUCUUUAAAUUUAAUUUUAUGUGAGCCGCACGCAGCGGCUGCAUUUACCUCUCUCCACUCAUGACGAGAUGCUCUCCAAACUCGCACAGAAUCAGCGGGUCCUCAUGCAGCAGCGCCGUUGGCCGGCACGGUCAAAUUGUUAGCGGCAACGGGAUGAAAAAUUUGUCAACGGAAAAUAAUCAGCGGCUUGCAUCUGGGAACUCCGGCAACCGCGAUGGAGAUUUGCACUGUCCGUCAGAACAACUACCAAUCCCGAUCAUAGAUUCCACGGCGGAGUAUGCCGGAACACCGCACAAGACAAGUGUCCCCCACCGGCGCCCGGAAAUCGCGUGGAUCGGUAUCUGGGAGUGGCUGAUCGUGAACUGGCACGAUCAGCCACUCCCGCGGCAAAGUGACCGGCACCGAUGCCAACCGGCCCAACGAUGCCGUAGACAGCUUCCCCGUCUGCGCUGCAUCGACUGCGUUCCGGUUUCAGAACAGCAAUACGCCAACACCAAGCCACUCAACUACGAUAGUGUCGCUAGUGUUGCUGCUCGAAACAUUAUGCCCGCAUCUCCGGCAUCCACCGAAGCCGGGGCACGACUGGCCAUGAACAGCGGGACUGUGGGCCGGUUGCCCGAAUAAGAUUCACGAGUUUUUAAUUCCGGAAAAUAAACUCGUUGUAGCUGAAAUAAUUAUGUAAGUAUUGAAACUUGAUAUCGGAAGUCUGUUAGGCGCGAAUAUGAGUUUGCACUUUGCAGUACAUAACAAAGUGACGGUUUAUCCUUAUUGUAAAUGAUUUAGUGUGGAAAAUUUCGAUAACACCAUAUAACAGAAUUUCUUACAAAAGCUGACAAUUUCCGGUGGCAUUUGUCGUUAAAAGAA